AUGGAUAUUAAGGAAGCAGAAAGGGUGGUGAUUGCCAAGCCUGUUGCUUCAAGGCCUACUUGUUCUACUUUCAAAUCUUUCUCAGAGCUCCUAGCGGGUGCAAUCAAUGCUUCUCCUGUUAUUGCAUCUUCUCAAACUACAGUUUCUGCCAUUAGACCCAAGACUGUGAGGUUCAAGCCAGCAGCAUUGAAUCGCCCCCCUGCUGGGUUGGAUUCUUCUCAGGCUGAUACUUUUGGAGCUGCACUUUGUAACUCUUCUGACAAAAGUCCUAAACUUGACACCAAUCAGUCCCUCAUAUACAAGCCAACGGCAAAACUCGUGUCGAAGACAACCGUAUCUCUUUUGGCAAAUAUGAAGGGAAAUUGCAGCACUGGUCAGCAGCCAACACGGCAAUUAAUGGAGGGCAAUUUUCAACAUUCCAUCCAUGAAAAAUUUAGAACCAACAUGAGUUCACAUCUUGAUCAGAGUAUUGCCCCGCAUGCAGAAAUAAAUCAGAUCAGUGAACCUAGUAAGAUGGUGCAGCAGAACACAGAGGAUGACCAAAAGACUUUAACAUCCUCAGCGAAUUGUGAUCGCCCAUCUUAUGAUGGGUACAAUUGGAGGAAAUAUGGUCAGAAGCAAGUAAAAGGGAGUGAGUACCCGCGAAGUUAUUACAAGUGCACACAUCCUAAUUGUCCAGUGAAGAAGAAGGUUGAAAGAUCAUUUGAUGGGCAGAUUGCAGAAAUUGUUUAUAAAGGUGAACACAACCAUUCCAAGCCACAGCUUCCUAAACGAAACACAGCAACAGGAACACAAGGUUCGGGGGUGAUGUCUGAUGGAAUGGUUCAAGAUAUGUGGAGUAAUAGUCACAGUGAGAGGAAUGAGGGCAAUGAAAGUAGAGUUGAGAACACAGGAGGACUAUCUGUGCUUUCAGAUUAUUAUGUCAAAGUUCCACAGCCUAAUGAUUCUGUUCUAAAUAUUGGUGCAACUAAUGCUGGUGGAGGAAGCACGGAAAACUCGUGUGGUCUAAGUGGUGAAUGUGAGGAAGGAAGCAAGGGGUUUGAGGCACAGGAAGAUGAACCCAGAAGUAAAAGAAGGAAAAAUGAGAAUCAAUCUAAUGAAGUAGCAUUAUCAGAGGAGGGUUUAGUAGAGUCGCGGAUUGUGAUGCAAAGUUUCACGGAUUCUGAGAUACUUGGAGAUGGUUUUCGCUGGAGGAAAUAUGGACAGAAGGUGGUGAAGGGCAAUCCAUAUCCCAGAAGUUACUAUAGAUGUACUAAUAUUAAGUGCAACGUUCGGAAGCACGUGGAGAGAGCAAUAGAUGACCCAAGAUCAUUUGUGACAACAUAUGAGGGAAAACACAAUCAUGAGAUGCCUCUCAAGAACACAGGAAAUGUGGCCUCUGAAAGAGAUUCACAGGCUUCUCUUAAGAGGGAGAGAAGGAAACAUUGUAUUGCAUUGCAAAAUCAGAUGGCACUUUCAAAGAGAGGUUUCCUACCAGCUGUAUCUGGGUAA